CUCAGUCUUCUGCCCACGUGAUCUGAAGUCAUAUGACUCCUUGCUAGUGCUAGCAGACACAGCCCUCCUGAUCUACUGCAAAGCAGGAGAACUUCUACAGAUAUCAGAUAAAAUGAAACUCAUCAUCCUGGAUGAUUAUGGCCAGGCCAGUGAGUGGGCAGCAAAGUACAUUCGAAAUCGCAUCAUUCAUUUUAAUCCAAAUGCUGAGAAAUACUUUACACUGGGUCUACCUACAGGAAGUACACCUCUGGGAUGCUACAAAAAGCUCUUAGAAUAUCAUAAAAAUGGAGAUCUUUCCUUUAAAUAUGUGAAAACCUUUAACAUGGAUGAAUAUGUGGGACUUCCUAGAGAGCACCCCGAGAGCUAUCAUUCUUUUAUGUGGAAUAACUUCUUCAAGCACACAGACAUUGUAGCAGAGAAUGCACACAUCCUGGAUGGAAAUGCUCCAGACCUGCAAGUUGAGUGCGAUUUAUUUGAAGAAAAAAUUAAAGCUGCUGGUGGGAUUGAAUUGUUUGUUGGAGGCAUCGGACCCGAUGGUCACAUAGCUUUUAAUGAACCAGGGUCAAGUCUGGUCUCUAGAACUAGAGUGAAGACCUUGGCUAUGGACACCAUACUGGCAAAUGCACGCUUCUUUGAUGGUAAUCUCUCCAAUGUGCCUACUAUGGCAUUGACGGUUGGUGUGGGGACAGUGAUGGAUGCAAAAGAGGUAAUGAUCCUUAUCACAGGUGCCCAUAAAGCCUUUGCCCUUUACAAAGCCAUAGAAGAAGGUGUAAAUCAUAUGUGGACAGUGUCUGCCUUUCAGCAACACCCUAGCACAGUGUUUGUCUGCGAUGAAGAUGCAACUCUAGAACUUCGGGUGAAGACUGUGAAAUAUUUUAAAGGAUUAAUGCACGUUCACAACAAACUUGUCGAUCCUUUGUACAGCAUGAAGAAAAAGGGGGCAGAAGAGGAACGCACUCCAAAGAAACCAUACAGUGACUGAAGUCCUGUUAAUAGUGCUGCAUUGGCUUUGGAAUGCUUACAUUGCACUGAGUAUAUGUUUUUUACUUCUUUGUGCUAAAGGGGACUGAUUACUCUUCCAUUCUCAUGACAAGACCAGGAGGAAGAGCCAUUCUGUAUGCAGCACAAGGUGAAAACUCCACCAUCAAUGUCUUGUAGUUAACUUUAGCCUUAGUUUUGUACACUUUAUAUGAGAAAAUCCAUUUCACUUUUUACCCAUAUUUUUGUAUGACAAAAUAUUUUUUGUAGUAGCUUGCAGUUGUAGUAUUAUUACAGGGAAUUAAAUAUGAUGUAUAUUUUCCAUCUUUGGUCAGCCUUCACACAAAGCUCUAGUGGAGAUGUCCACAUGCUGGUCAUUGUUACUAGGCAACAUUUUUACAAAAAUGUUAAAGCUGAACUCUGUAGAAAGUAAAAUUAUAAUUUGCAGUGGGGCUGCCCAUGCACUGCAAGGUUAAAAUGCUUGUUUUAGAGCUGGUUCACACCAGGAAUGCACAGGAAAGUGGUGUGUGAUUACGGUGCAUUCCCAGUAGGCAAUUUGGCAGCGCAUGCAUUUAAAUGGGUUGCAAAUCACACAAAGUAGUGCAUGCGCUACGUUUGAAAAACACACGCUGUACUAACAUGUGAUCUGGUGUCAGCAGAUGCACUGCAUUUGCGAUUUGCAUUUUGGAUGCUGUUAAUGUAUUAACACCUGCAGCAGAUCGCAAAGGCAGUGCAUUUUUGAAGUGUGGGAAGCAUGCACGGAAUGCGUCUUUACUGCACUGUGUUCUGGUGUGAACCAGCUCCAAAGCCCAACUCAAUGUUUCUUUUAACUAGUCUGUUUAGGCCAAGCUGAUGGAAACUAUUUACUGCACAGGUGUGCUUGCUGGAUGCACUGUGUUAACUGUAUGGAGCCUCAGCUAUAUACAGCGCUGUGUUCUGGCAAGCUCCCAUACUACUCCUGGAACAAAAUAGUCUGGCUGAGAAAUAUGGUGUUGGGCUUUAAGUCUAGUGGGGGGGGGGGGGGGCCGCAAAAAGCACUUUUACUUGACUAAUCCCCUGCUCCCUCCAGGCUAUGAGACCGCACCCCACAGCCUCUUCUCGCCCAUACUCUGGUGGUUGGAUGCCCUCUUGACAUCAAGCCCAAUGCAGAGCCCACAGAACUGCAUUGGGCAUGAGGAGGCUGAGGGACAUUUCACUGUCGGAGGAGAAAAGAACACUAGAUACCAGGAGAGCUUGGGUAUAUAAAACUGCUGUUCCUGGUCCCCCUAGACAAACAUCAAAUCUAUAUAAAUCAUUCACAUAGAUUGUUUAUGGAAUAGUUAAAUUGGCUGUUUAGUGCUAUUGAUUAGUACUAUUGACAUACCGUAGCCAUUGUAACAUGUGUAAGGAGCUGAUGAGAAGUGGUUAGACUGUAGCAGUAUGAGCUAUGUAGUGCCAAACGUCUGUCUGCCACUUAAAACACCUGAAGGAUUGUCUCACUAGUGUUAUACAUCUUGGCAUGUUUUGUGCCUUUCAGGACAUUAAAGUACACUUUGUAUGCAG